AAUAAUAGAUACAGAGUCAGUGAAAGGGGGUGGUUCAUUUGACCAGAUCCAAACCACGGCUUGAAUAAUACAGAAACGUUGCUUUCAGCACCGUGGACAGCAACCCAGCCUACCCACUGUGAUUGUUGAUGCAGAGCGUUAUGGCACAGACAAACUGCUUUCAUCGACUUUUUUUGAUGGCACUAUGCAGUAUGCUGUGUACCAGGACCAUGAGUCUACCUGCUGUCGCCGCGUACUCAGUCAGGUCAGGGACUGUUGAGACAGAUGGAAAGGGUGACUGGGAUCAGAGCCUGUCAAUAAAUGACAUGGAAACCCUUAAACUUCUCUAUGAUAUAAUUGCAAGACCAACAAGACACGCAGAUGGUCUCUUCACAAGUGGCUACAGCAAACUUUUAGGAAAGCUUUCGGCCAAGGACUACCUUGAAUCCUUGAUUGCAAAGCGAGUCAGUAACGACCUCAUGGAGGACCAGUUGCCAGUAAAACGCCACUCAGACGCUGUAUUUACAGACAACUACAGCCGCUACGGAAAACAGAUGGCCAUCAAGAAAUACUUGAAUUCAGCGCUGUCAAGGAAGAGGAGCUUGGAGGACCCUACUACUCCAGAAUUAUCCAUUAGGAGUGAGCCUUCCUCACAGCAAACCAGUGAUGACAUCUCAAUUCAUGAACUCCUCAAUAGUCUUUCAUUGACCCUCUAAGGAAUAUCUUCUAAAGUGAACAAAUGGCAAAGCCAGCCAAAAUUAUAUUUGACCAUUAUGUUAUGUCAUGUUAUGUAAUUUCCGAUGUAAAAAUUGUUUUUGCCUCAUGUGGUACAUUUCCUGAAAUUGCUGUGUAGCUGAGUGAUAAUCACAAAACACGGAUAAAUCAAUGGGAGUAUUGCAAACUCAAAGCAUUCUAAAUUAUAUAACAGUAAAGCAUAAUUUUUUGCCAGUACACUGGAGAUUUGCAAUGUUGUUUAAACGCAUUCACCAGUAUUAUAUUAUAUUAUAUACAUGCCAAAUAAUGUGUUAUGUAUUACUUUUUAUUUAUUUAUCCAGUAUUAUGUAUUUAUUUGUCAGUCUUAAAAUGUGUGAAACUAUAGAAAUUCCUAAUACAUUGAGAUAAUAAUGGAGAUGGUUGUGAUAAGACAUUUCAGCAACCCAAUCAACUUGAGCACAGAAAGACGUUAGGAGAGUAGUUUGAAAACGUUUGAGUGAGGAUGACACAGACUAAAAUUCUUAGUAGCACUGCUGAUUAUUUAUUAUAUGGUAACAUCAGAAUAGUCUAUUGUUAUUUAAAGA